UGGGGGUUAAUGGGGAUGCAAAAGUAGCAAUAUUAUGGCUUUCUAGUAUAUUAGACCUCUAUCAUUGCGAGCGCCAAUCAAUCGCGCCCCUUAAUUCCGGUGAUAGGUUGGGAAUGGCAAAUGAUAUGUGUGGGGAAGUAUAAAGAAGGCUUUCGAGGUAUUGACCAUUGGAUGCUCGACUAUUGCUGUUGGGCACCGAUGCAGACGGCACGGAGAGGGGGAAGCGGAAUGUUUGUUGUGAUAACGCUAAAAGGGCUAAUUGCGGCUACCUUGCUAGCGUUUCAUAGUUCAAGUGCAGAUGGGUACUUCAGAGUCGAUUGUGUCCAGUUGUGAAACAUGCAUUCACUGUUUAAGAUGGAGUUAUGAUUUUGAAACUGUCU